AUGCAGUACAAAGGCAUUUUGCUUGCUUUGGUUCUCUCGUCCGGCCUGCUCGAUGUAGUCGUCGGUGGGGAUCUCCGCGCUCGUCAGGCCGGCGCCCAAGAUGCAGUAGGUCGUCCAGGAGGUCAGGGCGGCCAGAGGGGCCAGGGGCGCCAAGGGGGCCAGGGAGGUGAGGGAGGUCGUCAAGGCCAGGGAGGCCAGCAAGGUCAGGGAGGCCAGCAAGGUCAGGGAGGCCAGGGAGGCCAGGGAGGCCAGCAAGGUCAGGAAGGCCAGGGAGGCCAGGGAGGCCAGCAAGGUCAGGAUGGUCAAGCUCAGGGCGGCCAAGCACAGGGAGGUCAAGCACAGGGAGGUCAAGCACAGGGAGGCCAAGCACAGGGAGGUCAAGGACAGGAUGGUCAGGCCGAGGGUCAAGGGCAAGACGUCCAAGGGCAGGGCCAGAACAAUGGCCAAAAUAACCAGAACAACAACAAUGCCCUCCAGCUCAAUCCGGAAAACGUCCAGGAGGGUAGCCAGAACGACGGAACCGCUGAAGCUGAAGUGGGACAAUCCCCUUCUCUUACCGACGACGCCAACUUUAUCAAUUUCUGUACUGGGAAGACAUUGACAAACGGUCUUCAACGGGAAGAAGGCUCUUGCAACGGCAUUGUUAUGGGUGACAUCCCUUCUCGCAACAACAUGGUUUCCUGUAUUAUUAUGAACCCGGCUCCUGGUGAAGAUCUCGCGGAGAACACCGAUUUCACAAUUCAAAUCCAAGUCGACAACCUCAUAGCUGGUUCUUUCACCAAUCCGGACAUCACUUACUACUCAGCUCCGCAGCAACUUACUCAAGGAACCAUCGUCGGCCAUAGUCACGUCACUAUCCAGACCCUUGGGAAUAAUAUCAAUGCACAGACUCCACCGGAUCCGGACGAAUUCGUCUUCUUCAAGGGCAUCAAUGAUCCCGGCAACGGACAAGGUGGACUCGCAGCUGAUGUUGAUGGCGGUCUCCCGGCUGGUGUCUAUCGUCUCUGUACCAUCAAUUCAGCCAGUAACCAUCAACCUGUGCUCAUGCCGGUUGCUCAACGUGGUGCUCAAGACGAUUGUAUCCGCUUUACUGUUGGCCAAGGAAAUGGGGGGAACAACGGCCAAGAUGGUCAAGGCCAGGACGGUCAAGGUCAAGAUGGUCAAGGCCAGGACGGUCAAGGCCAAGAUGGUCAAGGCCAAGAUGGUCAAGGCCAAGAUGGUCAAGGCCAAGAUGGUCAAGGCCAAGAUGGUCAGGGUCAAGGCGGUCAGGGUCAAGGCGGUCAGGGCCAAAGUGGUCAGGGUCAAGGCGGUCAGGGUCAAGGCGGUCAAGGUGGCCGAAACAGAAACCGUUUCGGUCGCACUAGGCAGCGCCGGCCAUUCGUCAAGAGAUCGUUCAUCGCUUGA